AUGGGCGGCGGGCGCGCGCCGGGGCCGGGCGCCGCACCCCCCGGGUCGCUGGGGGCCCCCGGCGGCCGCGCGGGGCCUGCGGGGCCGCGGGCCGGCGCUUCCCGAGCUGCCGCCCCCGCCGCGGCCGCACACGCCAGGCUUGGGCCUGAGCUCGGGCCCGAGCCUCGCUCUCGCCGCCGCCGCCGCCGACCCCGUGCGCCGGCCUCGCGCUGCGGCCGGUUUGACACACGGCGUUCCAUCCGCGGGGCGGCGGGCGGGGGCGGGGGCAGGGGCGCGCGCCGCGGGCUGGGGGCGGGCGCUCGUUGCCCCGGCGACGGCCGCCCUUAUAAGGGCAUGGGUGGCCGUGCGCGGCGCCCGGCGCCGGCGGGAGGGGCGGGGGCGGAGCGCGGGGCCGCUCGGCUGGGCCUGACCCUUCCCCUCCCGCUCCCCCUCCGCGUCCCCGCCCCGUCCGCGCCCGCUCCAGCCUUAACCCCUGCCCGGCCGCGGCCGGACCCGGGCAGCGGCCGCCCUCAGCCUUUCCGCAGCCUCGCCCGGAUACCUUUCAAAGCCCUCCCCUCCGCCUCCUGUCUUGGAGGUUGCCUCGCUCCGUUGCCCUCUAGGCGCUGCUCGGAAGCCCCCAUUCCCGGCACAUGCAAUAACGGGGGUCCGGUUGCACCCCGGGGGAGGGGGGCAUGCCCGUAUGCAAUGCACACACUCGCGCGCUCACGCCCGGACACCCUGGGGCAUUGCACGGUUGCAAAAUGGAUUGUGUUUGCCUCCUCUUCCAAGAAGGCUUGGCCAGGCGGCCGGCUGGACUGCAGAUGUCUCUCCUCCCAGCUGCCUUCCGCCUGCAAAACCUCCCACAACCCCACCCAGGCCCUGGACCGGAGGCAGCCAGCACUUAUUAAACACCUUUUGAAUGCUCCCAGGCUGCUUCUGGCAGGAGCGGCAGGAGCCCCCAGCGCUGGGCUUGUUAACGGUUAACGUUUAACCCGCUGGAAAAGCCCUUCCUUUCACCUUUCACCUUGGAGUCCCUGAGGUCCAGUCGCCAAGCCUUUUCUCCUGCCCUGCCCUGCCCUGCCCUGCCCUGCCCUGCCCAGAGCCAGACACGAGGCCAUGUGGCUGGGCUUCUGAGGGCUGCAGAGGCAGGAAAGCAGUGCCCUCUGCCCCUGGGGACAGGCACCUCCUCUCCAGAAGACAUCCAAAGAAGCAUCCUGGGAAGGAGGGGGUUGCUUAGAAAUCUUGCAGCACUUAAAGGGUACCGAGGCCCUGGGAAGGCCAGCUCAGUCCUCCAGCUCCGGGGCUCUGGGCCUCCCAGGGUGGGCCGGGCGGGAGGAAGGUGGGGAAGGUUUCAGCAGGCACAGAGAGCAAGGACUAGGGUUAGAUGAGCAAGGACUUGCCAUGCGUCUAACGAGCGUGGACUUCUGCUCUGUGAGCCUUGCUGGGGAAGGAGGGGGCCUGGGUGGUUAGAGAGGACCCUUCGGUUCUGGGGCUGCCUGGAAGGUGGGGGUGCUGACUAGUUAUUUGGGGUGAGGACAGGGAUCCUAGUUCCCUGGCUUAGAUCUAUCUUCCAGGAUCCUUGGUGGGAGAACAGGGGGUUCAGAAAGGGAGACGUAGAAGGGAGGGAGAGAAGGACCAGGAAAGAGAAUCAGAGCGGGGCUGGGGAAGGGAGGAGGUGUGGUAGGGAGGUUUGAGAGACACGAGUCUGGGGCAGGAGGCUCAGAAGUGACUGGCUGGGGCUGGACUGGAGAGUAAGAAGAUCUGCUGCAGGUCCCAGACCCUCGAGUAGGUCCAACCCCAGGCGGCUGCCCUGCCCCCUGCCCGGUAGCUCCACUGGCCACGCACCCCCUGGGGCCCCGCCUGCAAGUGGGGGUAGCUGAGGUCCAGAUCCACCCCCCUGACCCCUGCCCGUGGCCCCGCGGUGACAUUUGACCUUGUGGCGGCUGAGGACCAGGGACAAAGAGGUCUGGGCCCAUCUGCCGCGAGGGCACCCGUGGGAACAGCCAGACCCGGCUCUGGGAGGCCUGGGAACCAGCCCCCGCCCCUCCCCCAGCGCAGACUCCUUCCCCACCCUCCACAGGUGCCCUGUCUCCUUGUGCCUCCUCCCUCACGGGCUACCAGGUGGGCCUGGGGACUAAGGUCAUUCCUGGACUCUGGGGAGGUGGGGAGAAGGACACCAAGGUUGAUAAGGUCGGCUCCUCUGCCCACCGCACAGGCGACAUUGCCCGCCUCAGUUUCCCUGCUGUCUUCCAAGCCUGCCUGGCCCAGAGAGAGUGCUCAGGGGUCUGAAGAUCAGCAGCCCCAGCACACCCCCGAGGCCUCUGUGGGUCAGGAGGACCGGGUGCAGGCCGGGCCGCUGACUCCCCCAGACCCCAGGCCUGUCUUGCCUUCCCGAGAGGCGGGCACCCACCCGACCCACCAGCACAGGUGAGGCCUGGGAAACGCCCCCGGCACCAGGCAGAGAAGGAGAACCUGGCUAAUCCCCAGUUUGGGUUUCAGCAGCCGCCCGGGAGGGGACAGCUAGCUGGUAAUCCCAGCCGGCUGGAUCCAGCCCAGCCCUCCUUUUGCAACCCCGCCCGCCCAACCCGCCUGGAAGGGCAGGGGAGUGUGGCCUAUGGAAACGAAUGCUGAUCGGAUGCCUGUUACUAACCUGGCACUGCCACCUCCCACAGCUCCCUAGCUGCCGGAAUUUACCCUCACCGAGGGCCACCCCGCUCCCAGGGCCUUGGGCUCGCAUCAGCAGCAGCUCUGAGCUCCUCGGCGCCCGCAGCAUAGACCCUGGGUUUCUGCUUCCAGGUCUUUAGGCCUUUGCCUGAGCUCCACAUGCUUUGUAUGCAAGUUCCAAGGCUGCAUCUGAUUCCUCCUCCCCCAGCCUGCACCCAGAGCAC